AACUUCAAAGAUGGUACCACCAAUCACAAAUUUGCAUUAAUUUAUAUUUUAACUAGUCAAACCUUUUCAAGAGUCAAAUACUUCAUGCAGGUCCUCAUUCUCUACUUUUUCUAUAUAUUACCAUAGAAAAGUGGUUCCAGCUGAAAACUUUUACAAAACAGAUCAAGAAGAAGAAACAAAAGACUUCAACUUUUCAUAAUUAUGGAGAGUGAUUCUGGAAGAUCUGGUGAUGGAGAUGGUGGAGUUCUCAAAGAAGAGAAGAGAAGUGAUGAUGAGACUCAUCAUCAUCAAAAGGAGGAGACUAUUGUUGAGGAACCACCCAUUGCUAGUACUGAAAAAUCAAUUGAGACUAGACCAAUCACAUCCUCUCCCAAAAAUACUAAGGUUGAUGAUCAGCUUGAGACAACAAAGGCUCAAAUGUGUGAAGUGAGAGAAGAAAAUCAACGGUUAAAAACGCGUCUCAGCAAAAUAAUGACCGAAUAUCGAGCACUAGAAAUGCAAUUUCACAGCAUGGUUAAUAAGCAAGAAACAAAAAAGAACAAUGUUGAUCACAAUGAUAAUAACCAUGAUGAAAUAAUGGCGGAAUCAGAUCUUGUUUCCCUUAGCCUUGGAAGAGCUCCUAGUAACAACAUUCCGAAAAAUGAAGAGAAAAUGAACAAAGUCUCUAAGCUAGCAUUGAACAAUGAUGAUGAAGAAUUUAAACAAGAGUUGACUCUUGGAUUGGAUUGUAAAUUCGAAACAUCGAAAUCAGGUAGCACAACUGAAGGAUUGCCAAAUCAAAAUCCAAGUCCAGUGAAUAGUUGUGAAGUGGUUCCAACGAAGGAUGAAGAAACCGGGGUAACUUGGCCGCCAAGUAAGACACCGAUCAAUAAUAAGACGGUGAGAGAUGCAGCUGAGGAUGAAGUUUCUCAGCAAACUCCAGCAAAGAAAGCUAGAGUUUGUGUUAGAGCAAGAUGUGACACACCAACGAUGAAUGAUGGAUGCCAAUGGAGGAAAUAUGGACAAAAGAUUGCAAAAGGAAAUCCUUGCCCUAGGGCUUACUACCGUUGCACAGUUGCACCAUCAUGUCCAGUUAGAAAACAGGUGCAAAGAUGUGUUGAUGACAUGUCUAUUUUAAUCACAACCUAUGAAGGAACACACAACCACACUCUUCCACUUUCAGCCACAGCAAUGGCAUCCACAACUUCCGCCGCCGCAUCCAUGCUACUAUCAGGCUCAUCAACUUCCCACCCCGGUUCAAUCCCCUCAACACAAACCAACAACAAUCUCCAUGGCCUAAACUUCUACCUACCCGACGGUUCAAAGUCGAAUCAACUAUACCUAUCCAACCCUGCACUAUCAUCUCAACAUUCCCAUCCAACUAUCACUCUUGACCUCACCACAAACCCAUCAUCAAACCCUUCAUCCUCAUCACCCUUUGUUAGAUUCAACUCAAACUACAACAACAACAACCAGUUACCAAGAUACUCUUCUUCCACAAGCCUCAGCUUUAGUUCUCCUGAAUCCAACACAAUGCAUUGGAAUAGCUUCCUCAAUUAUGCUACCACUCAGAAUCAACAACCAUAUCAUAACAACAGAAACCCUAAUAUUAAUAAUCUCAACACUCUAAACUUUGGUAGACAACAAAACACAAUGGAAAGUAUAUACCAAACCUACAUGCAAAAAAACAAUGGUUUACCUUCAGAUAGUACUAUAACUGCAGCAACAAAAGCCAUCACAGCAGAUCCAACUUUUCAAUCAGCUUUAGCUGCAGCACUUACAACACUUAUUGGAAACAACACUCGAACUCAACAAGGUAAUCAUCAAAAUCAAAGUGUAGGAGAAAAUUUGAGUCAGAAAAUGAAAUGGGCUGAGAUGUUUCCGGUGUCUUCAAGUUCAUUGCCUUCAUCAAGUUCUAAAGUAAUUGGUUGUGCUUCGAGUUUCUUGAACAAAACCGCGCCAGUGAACUCACAGACAGGAAGCUUGAUGUCACUGUCGCCUUCUUUGCCAUUUGCUACAGCCAAAAGUGCUUCUGCAUCUCCUCCUGGGAAUACUAGUGAUAACUCCAAUUAGUUUGGUGAUUAUUUAUUUUAAUAUUGUAGCUACUUAGAAAAUUCUACAUUUUUUUUAAUAUUGGGUUGUUGUAAUUAAGGAACUGAAUUUAAGUUGUAUCUUUUUCGUAUCUUAUUUUUUUGAAAUAAUAUAUUCUAUUUUAUUUGUGUUAUUGUUAUAUCAUCU